AUGAGAGCAGACAGAGUCGGCCAGCCGGGGCUGGAGUUGUAUGAUGUUGUUGUUGUCGGCGCCGGACCCGUCGGCCUCAUGCUGUCCACGUGCUUGGCGCGUUGGGGCUAUCGGAUUAAGCACAUAGACAACAGGCCCGAGCCUACUCGCACUGGCAGGGCUGACGGGAUUCAGCCUCGAUCCCUAGACCUCAUACGCAACAUGGGGCUCAAAACCGACAUCAUGGCUCACAAGCCCGCCAGGGUCUACGAGGUGGCGUUUUGGGAUCCGUCACAGUCGGGAGACGGUAUCGCUCGGACGGGCACUUGGGCGAGCUGCCCGAGCUUCAUUGACGCACGCUAUCCCUUCACCACCUUGCUGCACCAGGGUCACAUCGAACGGGUCUUCAUCCGAGAUCUAGAGAAGAACGGCGUGGACAUCCAACGUCCGUGGACCAUCAAAGGCUUUUCCUCGGACGAGCUGCGAGACCCCGAGUAUCCUGUCGAGGUGACCCUAGCACAUGUCGAUAGCGGCGCUUCGGAGACAGUCAGAGCCAAAUACCUCUUUGGCGGAGAAGGUGCGAGGUCGUUUAUCAGACAGCAGCUCAACAUCGCUGUCCGCCAUCUCGAUCCCAUAGAACACGUUUGGGGGGUAAUGGACGGCGUCGUAAAGACCGACUUCCCCGACAUCAAGAUGAAGUGUACCAUCCAUAGCGAGCACGGGUCCAUCAUGGUCAUUCCCCGAGAGGACGACAUGGUGCGCCUCUACAUCCAGAUUGCCUCAUCGACAGACUCAGAUUGGAACCCGCGGAAGACGGCAACCGAGGCCCAGGUGCAAGAGUCGGCAAAACGGAUCAUGCAGCCGUACUCGAUCGAGUGGCAGCGUGUGGAAUGGUACUCAGUCUACCCCAUCGGUCAAGGAAUCUCGGACAACUACACCCUUGACCAGCGCGUCUUCAUCGGUGGCGAUGCUUGUCAUACGCAUAGUCCCAAGGCAGGGCAAGGAAUGAACACGGCGUUCCUGGACGCCCUCAAUCUGGCGUGGAAGAUCCAUGCAGUCGAGGGUGGCUUCGCCGACCGGGAUAUCCUAAAGACGUACGAGUCAGAACGCAAGAGCGUGGCAGAAAGCCUCCUGGAUUUUGACAACCGGUACGCCAAGCUAUUCUCGCAAAGGCAACCAGCACCUUGCGAGGUUCGCGCAGCGUCCGCCGCGGAUAGAGACGCCAACGCGGCCGAUGACAACGAGUUUAUCAGGGCGUUCAAGGAGGCCUGCAGAUUCACCAGUGGCUACGGCGUAGCGUACGGACCCAACGCGUUGAAUUGGUCUCCCAAACACCCCGCAUCAUCGUCACUAAUAGGCCCGGACGGGACCAAGCUCAUGCCUGGGACCAUCUUCAUCAACUCGGACGUGACGAGGGUCGUGGACGCCAACGUUGUGCAUCUGGAACAAGAAGUCCCGCUCAAUGGCUCGUUUCGCAUCUUUGUUUUCGCCGGCAACCCGGAAGUAACGCAAGGCGCGCUUCGGGACUUUGCGAGUGGUCUGAGUGGACAGAGAUCCUUCUAUGGCGCCUACAUGCGUCAUGAUAUCCGCAACGUCUCGCACCACGAAAAGCACAACCCUCACAGCCAUUUCUAUACGCUUUGUACUGUCUUGGCGCGCAAGAGGGCAGACAUUGAAAUCUCCCGUGACGUCCCGGGUGUCUUGGCAGGGUAUCGCGAGCACAUAUACGCCGAUGAUAUCUGGGACAGACGUGUGCCUGACGCCCGAGCAGCCGCGCACGCGAAAAUGGGUCUGGACGAGGAUCUGGGCGGUGUGGUCGUCGUCCGGCCAGAUGGAUACGUGGGCGCGGUUGUCAAGCUUGUCGAGGGAAGCAGCACCGUCGACGCUCUGAACGCGUACUUUUCGGCGUUUUGCACGAAGCGACUUGGAGAUGCGGUAGCGCAGCUAUGA